AACCAAGUGAAAGAAAUAAUGCUAAAAAAACUUAUUCUGAAGAGUUAAGUGAAAAGUCAAGUAAAAUAAAUAAUGCACAAAAAACUUAUUUUGAAGAGUUAAAUGCAAUAAAUAAUAACCAAAAAACUUAUUCUGAAGAAAACAAAAAAGUAUUAUUUGAUUAUCCACAAGAAUUUGAGCAACUUUUCA